AGCUGGUCCCGCCGCCGCGCCCCGCCCUCACCCCUCGGCGCUCCGCGCCUCCCUGCCGCUUCUCCCGCUCCUCCCCUGCUCGGCCCUCUCCUCCUCCUCCCGCUCCUCCUCCCGCUCCUCCGCGCCGCCGCCAGCCCCGCUGCGCUCUCUGCUCUUCGCAGCUCCCCGGACCCGCAGCCAUGGCCGACAUCAAGACGGGCAUCUUCGCCAAGAACGUCCAGAAGCGACUCAACCGCGCGCAGGAAAAGGUCCUCCAAAAGCUGGGAAAAGCUGAUGAGACAAAAGACGAACAGUUCGAAGAAUAUGUCCAGAACUUCAAACGGCAAGAAGCAGAGGGUACCAGACUUCAGCGAGAACUCCGAGGAUAUUUAGCAGCAAUCAAAGGCAUGCAAGAGGCCUCCAUGAAGCUCACGGAGUCGCUGCAUGAAGUCUAUGAGCCGGAUUGGUAUGGGCGGGAAGAUGUGAAAAUGGUUGGCGAGAAAUGUGAUGUGCUGUGGGAAGACUUCCAUCAAAAACUUGUGGAUGGGUCCUUGCUAACACUGGAUACAUACCUGGGGCAAUUUCCUGACAUAAAGAAUCGCAUCGCCAAGCGCAGCAGGAAGCUAGUGGACUAUGACAGUGCCCGCCACCAUCUGGAAGCUCUGCAGAGCUCUAAGAGGAAGGAUGAGAGUCGAAUCUCUAAGGCAGAAGAAGAAUUUCAGAAAGCACAGAAAGUGUUUGAAGAGUUUAACGUUGACUUACAAGAAGAGUUACCAUCAUUAUGGUCAAGACGAGUUGGAUUUUAUGUUAAUACUUUCAAAAACGUCUCCAGCCUUGAAGCCAAGUUUCAUAAGGAAAUUGCGGUGCUUUGCCACAAACUGUAUGAAGUGAUGACGAAACUGGGUGACCAGCACGCUGACAAGGCCUUCACCAUCCAAGGAGCGCCCAGUGAUUCGGGUCCUCUCCGCAUUGCAAAGACACCAUCACCGCCUGAGGAGCCUUCACCCCUCCCGAGCCCGACAGCAAGUCCAAAUCAUACAUUAGCACCUGCGUCUCCCGCACCAGCACGGCCUCGGUCACCUUCACAGACAAGGAAAGGGCCUCCUGUCCCACCUCUACCUAAAGUCACCCCGACAAAGGAACUGCAGCAGGAGAACAUCAUCAGUUUCUUUGAGGACAACUUUGUUCCAGAAAUCAGUGUGACAACACCUUCCCAGAAUGAAGUCCCUGAGGUGAAGAAAGAGGAGACUUUGCUGGAUCUGGACUUUGAUCCUUUCAAGCCCGAGGUGACACCUGCAGGUUCUGCUGGAGUGACCCACUCACCCAUGUCUCAGACAUUGCCCUGGGACCUAUGGACGACAAGCACUGAUUUGGUACAGCCGGCUUCUGGUGGUUCAUUUAAUGGAUUCACACAGCCCCAGGAUACUUCAUUAUUCACAAUGCAGACAGACCAGAGUAUGAUCUGCAACUUGGCUGAAUCUGAACAGGCUCCGCCCACAGAGCCAAAAGCAGAGGAGCCUCUGGCUGCUGUCACACCUGCCGUUGGGCUGGACCUUGGAAUGGACACUCGGGCUGAGGAGCCAGUGGAGGAGGCAGUGAUCAUACCUGGAGCUGAUACUGAUGCAGCUGUUGGAACCUUGGUGUCAGCAGCUGAGGGGGCCCCAGGAGAGGAAGCAGAGGCAGAGAAGCCCACUGUCCCUGCCGGGGAAGGAGUAAGUUUAGAGGAGGCCAAAAUUGGAACUGAAACCACUGAGGCUGCAGAGAGUGCCCAACCUGAAGCAGAGGAGCUGGAAGCAACAGUGCCUCAGGAGAAGGUCAUCCCUUCGGUGGUCAUAGAGCCUGCCUCCAACCAUGAAGGGGAAGGAGAAAACGAAAUAACUAUAGGUGCAGAGCCCAAGGAGACCACCGAGGAUGCGGCUCCUCCAGGCCCCACCAGCGAGACGCCGGAGCUGGCUACGGAGCAGAAGCCUAUCCAGGACCCUCAGCCCACGCCUUCUGCACCAGCCAUGGGGGCUGCUGACCAGCUAGCAUCUGCAAGGGAGGCCUCUCAGGAAUUGCCUCCUGGCUUUCUCUACAAGGUGGAAACACUGCAUGAUUUUGAGGCAGCAAAUUCCGAUGAACUUACCUUACAAAGGGGUGAUGUGGUGCUGGUGGUCCCCUCAGAUUCAGAAGCUGAUCAGGAUGCAGGCUGGCUGGUGGGAGUGAAGGAAUCAGACUGGCUUCAGUACAGAGACCUUGCCACCUACAAAGGCCUCUUUCCAGAGAACUUCACCCGACGCUUGGAUUAGGGCAACAAGUACUGCAAGAAGGAGCUCAGUUAUGGGGUUUUUAAACCUUCAUGAAAACCUGAAGAGUUCACUUUUGCUAUUAUGCUCUUAAUGAUUUACAGACUGAUGCCAGACAAACCUUGGGAAGAUGUAUCAAUGGAGCAUGUGUGCAAAAAAAAGUAAGAGGAAAAAAAGUAAAUUAAGGAAAAAAUCCUCAGUCAUUCCCAUGUUGUCAAUAACAGGUUUGUUUGUGCUUUGUCCAAGCUGUGGAGACUCUUGUACUUGAUCCCCUCCCACCAAUUCUAAAGUAGCUUUCUCCAGAUCAGACUUUAAUUUCUCUGCAUCAGGUGUAUCGUACUGAGUGGCUGCCCUGCAGAAGAUGUGAUGAAUUAUCCUGUAGUACAAGAUUAUCUUAUUCCCCUGCCCAGGUGUGAGCACAUGCUCUCGCUCCCUUUCAGGUUUACUAUGUUUAAAACUAAACUGCUGCAAAAGUUCUCAAUGUUCUUUUCCAACACAUCUAUAUAUAUAUGGACACACAGUCACGCAAGCUAGUUCCCAUGACUCCUGGAUCUAUGUGUAUGCAGAAGGCUACAUACACAUAGUUGCUUUCUUUCCUUUCCAUUGUAGCUCUUUGCCUCUCAAGUGUCAUUGAUACAUGCAUUGCUCUUAUUCUGUCUGGCAUUACAAUUGCAGUUUUGCCUCAUGGCAAAACCAGCCAUCCCAUUGCCAAAACAGUCAACAGUAUCUGUGUUUGUACUGUGCAGUUUUCAGGAUGAGAUGACAGAUAGCACGACUACACUGAGGCCCCCUCAGAGAAGGCAGGGCCUGAUUUAUCUAGCUGUCCAGCCGCUGUGGCUGGAGGUAGGCUAGUUGGGAUGGGCAGCUAAGUAGUCUUCUCUUUUGCCUUUAUGAGAUUGGGUAGAAAGAUGGGGCAUAUUCAUCCACCCACAAAAGAACACUAUAAAAACAGCUCCUCUAUAUUUCCACCUCUUUCUAUUUAUGCAACUCAUCUUCACAGAUUGUUCUAAAGUAAAAUAGAUGGUGUAUGCUGUAUCCACAAAUCAUCUGUAACAAUUAUGUUUUCAGUGCUGUGUCAUUCCAAAUAAACCUUCGGUAAUCUCCAACGAUUACCCUAA